AAGAGAAUAAAGGACUCCUUUCGGUUACAAACAUUACAAAUAAUUGACAUCUUUGCGCAUGCUCAGUGACAGCUGGCAGUGACAUCCUCAACGUGACUCUCCACAAGUUAGCAAGAAAGAGGAUAUGUGGAGAUGAGUUGUUGCCUGUCUUCGCUACUGUACAACAGAGACACAUGAUAAAACAAGAUCAGUGUCGAUAGUGAAUCGUAUGUUUGCUGAACAUGGAAUUGACUCUUAAUAGUUCCCUUGUGUUUCAAAAUGGCAACCUAGCUGUGCUUAGGUAGCUAACUUGUUUAGCUACUUGUUCGAACUUCUUCAAGCUCUGCAUACUGCAUACAUACCACUGGCCAGUGUAAGAGGACGGGUUUUGAUUUGCCAACGUAGAGGACUUAUUUUGGCUGGCAAGCUCGGGGGCUACACUUUCGGUUGCAGUGGUCGAGAUAGCUUUAACGUUGUUGAUUGAGUGGGGAUAUUGAAAGAGCUUAAGAAUGGGAAAGAAAAAAGCAGGGAAGAUGGAACGGUCUGGGAAUCGGGGGAAAGAUACGCGACACAAGAUGAAGGGGAAAACAUUGGAGACCUUCACUGAGGAGAUGCAUCACGCCUUGCAAGCCAGUGAGGAGGCACACGCGGAGGGGGCAGAGGUGGUGAAGCUGCCAUGCCCGUUGGCAAUGUGGGACCUGGGCCACUGUGAUCCAAAGCGCUGUACAGGCAGAAAGCUGGUGCGCAAAGGCCUGGUGCGUGGAUUGCGUCUCAACCAGCGCUUCAAUGGCCUAAUCCUCAGUCCCAUGGGCACCAGAUACGUCACCCCUGCUGACAGGGAGAUUGUUGCUCAGAGAGGCCUUGCGGUCAUCGACUGUUCGUGGGCUCGAUUGGAGGAUACUCCCUUUAAUAAGAUGAUCGGUGCUCACCCACGACUGUUGCCCUAUCUUGUCGCUGCCAAUCCAGUCAACUAUGGUAAACCCUGCAAGCUGUCUUGUGUAGAGGCUUUCGCUGCCACUUUUUGUAUCGUGGGUUUUCGGGACCUAGCAGUGUUAAUUCUCAAGAAGUUUAAAUGGGGAAAUGUAUUCCUGGACCUUAACCAAACCAUACUGGAACGCUAUGCAGCUUGCCAGUCAGAAGAGGAGCUGCUGGCUGUGGAAAAAGAAUACCAAACCUCAGCCCCCCAGGAGGAAGAUGAACUAGAUCCCUUUGAUGUAGAAUCAGGCAGAGAAUGUAUGAAUCUUAAUCGGCCCAUGAGGAGAGAUAAUGAUGAGGAUGAGUGUGAUGAAGCCGAGACAUCUGAAGAAGAAGACCAAGAGGAGGAGGAGGGUGAUGUGAAGACUGCUGGGAGUGCAGAGGACCGUGAUGAAGAGGCUUCCUGAUCUUUACGCUGUCAAUGUCUUUCUUAAAUAACAUGGAGGUCGUCACAGAAGGUUGAGUUCAGCGUCUGUCCCUCUGAAAGGAGUAAAGGACCUGUGGACUGAUCGUGAGAAUUGAGAAUAAAGCUUAUAGUGUCAGUUUAUUAUGCCAAGUGCUCUCUGUGAUGUCAAAUCAACCUGGGCUAUAUAGUAAAGAAUGCACAAAAAUGUUGUCAUUUUGAGUGAUGCACAGACAGUAGGUCCCAUGUAGAUGAGUGCUUCUGUUACUUUUCACCAAUCUUGUGCCUCCGAUCUUUCAUAUUAGUUUAAGUGUGUGUUGUUGAAAGAAAUGAGAAUUGUGACUCUUUGCUAAUAGAAUUUAAAAUGUUUUUAUGAUUUGUGUAUAAGCUCUGUUUUCAUUGAAUUGAGCUUCACUUUGAAUGCCCCUUCUGGUCUGCUAGUUGUAUGACAAGCAAAAUUGUGUUAUUUUCAGCUACGCAAUUAUGAAUGAAAAUACUGCAAUUUUCUAAUAAAAAAUAUAUGCUAUGCAGUGUUAAGACUGUUUAACACCAUUAGAUUUGUUGCUGUACCAAUCGGUGGUCUAUGUGGAGAAGCUCAGUUGACAUUAACAUGCUGCAUAUAAGGGGAAGAAAAGCAGACCUGGGUUGGUAAGGUAAAAAAGGGCAUCUCUGCAUGACAGGGAAAUUUUAGAUGCUGUUUGAGAAGCCAGUACUGUGUCCUUUUUUCCCCUAAAAUGCUGUUUGUUUUAAACCCACCCUGAAAUAAAUAAAACAAAUUAUGUA